UCCGGUGGCGGCGAAGUGCCGUUGCCAUGGUGAUUGGAGAAAGGCCGCCGUCUGCCCGGCGGCCCUGAGACGGUCGCGGGAUCGCCGGAAAGAAUGGGCUGAGACUCCUCGUUUGUGAGCUGGCAUUAGGUAGCGCAGCGCGGUCUCCAUCUCCUCACUCGUGUGCGGCUCCGUCUUCUCCCACCGGCUGCUUUUCCUGGUCUAACUCUUGGUCCGAGUAGAAUGGCCAGCAGUCCGGGAAGUGGUGCAGCUUUUCCCAGUCAGAGUCCUCAAACGAAGAAAUACUCAUUAACUGAAGAGAAAAUAUUUUAUAUGAACUGCAGAGCUGCCUACUUAACAGUCUUCAAAAGCAGCUUAGAAAACAUUAUUUCUAAAGAUCAACUAUACUUAGUUCUUCAACAUGCAGGAAGAAACCCAUCCCAAAAGACAAUUAAUAAAUAUUGGACUUCUCAAACAACCAAACUGAAUUUUGAUGAUUUUUGUGUAAUUUUAAGGAAGGAAAAACCUACUUCAAAAGCAGAACUGCUAAAAUCAUUUAGGCAAUUAGAUGUAAAUGAUGAUGGCUCUAUUUUACACACUGACCUUUAUAAAUUUCUAACAAAGAGAGGGGAAAAGAUGACUCGAGAAGAAGUAAAUGCCAUAAUUAAUUUGCCUGAUGUAAAUGCUGAUGGAAAGUUUGACUACAUCAAGUUUUGUAAAUUAUAUAUGACAACCAAUGAGCAAUGUCUCAAGACUACACUAGGAAAACUGGAGAUUGAUAGCAAACUGAAGUGUCAGCAGUUUGGAAGCCACAUCGAAGGACCUCUUGAAAGGGACCCAUCACCAGUACCAAAACCUUCACCUAGAAUCAUAAGAAAAACGGAUCAGGAGAUGUUCUCAAAUAAAGGUGGCAACAGGAGUCCUUUACUGUCAAGCACUAGGAAUUUCAAAACAUCUGUUUCCCUCACAGUUACCAUGAGUGCUAACAGUAACCAGAACCCCAAGUUAACUGAGCCGAACUUAAUAGAGGACUGGCAAUGUGUACAAUCAAAAGGUUGCUUCUUCUUAGAAGAAGAUGGUAAAAUCAUUAGUCAUCAAUACAGGAUGCACAUACCUGAGAAGUCCAUGGUUUAUCUAACAAUUAAGCCAUUAAAACUGAGUCAGGUCGAAGGAAAACCAUCUCCUUGGUUAUCGGUUGAUACAGCUUUAUAUAUUCUAGUGGAAAAUGAGAGUCAAGCAAAUCUACAGCCCUUGUGUUUUACUGAACUACAAAAUAGAGAAGUGUUUGGAUGGACUGGUGAACUAGGACCUGGAAUUUACUGGUUAAUUCCCUCCACAACGGGCUGUAGGCUGAGGAAAGAAAGCAAGCCAGUACCAGAAGAAGCCCUGCUUGUAUACAGAGAUGAAACAGGAAAAUUAUUUCUUACAAAGGAAUUUAAGUCAGCUUUAUCAGAUAUAUUUGAAGUAAUUGAUUUAGAUGGAAAUGGUCUUCUUAGCCUUGAAGAAUAUAAUUUUUUUGAAUUGAGAGCAAGUGGUGAGAAAUGUGAUGAAGAUGCUUGGGCUGUGUGCAGAGAGAAUUUUGAUACGAAGAAGAAUGAAUUAACAAGACAAGGAUUUAUGGAAUUGAAUAUGAUGGAAGCCAGUGACCAAGGCGGAGAUCCUCGUGACCUUUGGGUGAUUCUGCACUCGAUGGGCUACAAUAAAGCUCUGGAGCUGACAGAGGCAUGUCCGUUUGUCAUCAAUAUUCAUGCAGAAAAGUGCAAGCCAAGAAUUAAAGCUGUCUGUAUGGAGGCAUGCAGUGGGCAACUUGAGAAGACCAUUUGUAAAUAUGUUCUUACCAACGGCAAUGCCAAGUUAAUGGAUGGCUAUGAGAAUAUAAUCAUAUAUACUUACAAACAUGACAGCUGGAUAACUUCUGUUAUUGAAAAUAAGUCAGAUAAUAAACUGAUUAUUCACGUCAACAAUGAGCUAAGUAAAAACUGUGUGAACAACAAAGGACUCAACACAUAUGUAGUAGAAGUGGCACCAAAAUCUACAAUGGUUUGUCAACAUGUAAUGCCUCUGAAUGAACGACAAGAAUGGAUAUAUCAUUGUGUGUAUUCCCUUAUAUCUUAAAUAAUUCCACCUGGAGCUAUCUUAAGAAUAAUUACUUCAGAUUUAGUCUAUAUAUUGAUCAAGUAAAUGCUAAUCAAUUUUACUGACAUAUGUAUAUAAUUAACUAAUUUAUAUGCAUCUACAUUUUAUGUUCAUGUUAGACACUUUUAUUAUUAAAAUAUAAAUGUUUUUAAUCUGUGACCUUCUUAUUAAUUUAGUGGUAACUCUAGC